GUUUUACCACGUUUAUAGAAGUGUGGUGACCCCAAAAAAACAUAACAACAACCAUUGAAGAGCUAGCGUUUUGGAUGGAUGGAAUCCAGGCCAAAAAGCACUAUUAAGUGGGAAAAUGGCAACACCAACAAAGAUGGAGUUUGCUGUCAAUAUGACAUGCAUGAGUUGUAAAUCAGCCAUAGAAAAUGCUUUGAAAAAUAAACCAGAGAUAAAGUCAGUUUCUGUGAACCUAGGCGAUCAGCAAGUAGUAGUCGAGACAACUCUUACAACAUCAGAGGUAAAGAAUCUGCUGGAGAGCACAGGGAGAAGAGCAAACUUGAAAGGCCAUGGAUCAGCUGAGCCAACUACAUCUGUCAAACAUCUUGGGGCCGCUGUUUCGAUGCUGCAAGGUCCAAGCUGCGUAGAGGGAGUAGUUCGUUUCCUACAGGCAACAGAAAACACAUGUAUUAUUGAAGGAACUCUAGACAAUUUGAAGCCUGGUCCUCAUGGAUUGAAUAUCCAUGAAUUUGGUGACUUAUCCAAUGGAUGUGAAAGCUGCGGUCCUCACUACAACCCCUACAAUAGCAGACACGGUGCCCCAGGGGAAAAUGAACGGCAUGUAGGAGACCUAGGAAACAUAGUUGCUGAUGAAAAUGGUAGAGCUACUUUCCGCUUUGAAGACGACAAGAUGAAGGUUUGGGAUAUAAUUGGACGAUCUGUGGUGGUUCACGACGCCGAGGAUGAUUUGGGACGAGGACUUGCUGCUGAAUCUAAAUUGCAUGGUAACAGUGGAAUUGGCCUUUCGUGCGGAAUUGUUGCAAGAUCUGCUGGGCUCUUUCAGAAUCCGAAGAAGUUCUGCCAGUGCGAUGGCGUGGUCAUCUGGGAUGAAAGAGAUGUGCCACUUACAGGGCCAAGAAGACAACAACAGAGUUUAUUAUAACAAUCAUGCAAUGAGAAAGGAUAAAAAGAAAUUGUACAGAAGGUAUAUUAAUAAUUAAUAAAUGAGAAUAACCAUAUGAUUUGUCUGUUUUGUUGGGAUUUUUUUGUUCAGUCUCUUUUUGUUCAGAUUUUAUUUUCAGUCUCUCUAAUUUAUUCGAUCACUUUUUGUUAUCCAAGGUUUUGUUUCUUCUUCAGGAUAGGUUAGAUUAGUCACCAGUAUCGCUAGAGCGCCUCUCAGUACUGUACUGUUCCAGCUGGCAAUGUGCCUCAAAUUGCUGGAAAACAGUGCAGUGUUACUGGGUUUUUCUUAAUUUGAUUCUUUGGUAAAUUGUCUCUGCUUAGUUUUAGGAUAGUUCGUGGGUUAGCUUUUCUUGAUGACGAUUUGUAAUUGUGUGAGGCUAUAUAAGAAGUCGAUUUCCAUUUCUAUUGUCUUGUUUUUUUGUAUUUAAUUGUACAUUGACUGUAACACUGUUUUGUUAAUUGAUGUCAAUAAAAGAAUCUCAAUCUGUU